CCCGUCUCUUCUUCAUCAUCUCCCUCACAUGGCGAUCUUCACUUUUUCCUUCUUUCUCUCUUCAUCCUACGCGCCGCCCAUUUUGCCCUACUCUGGUUUCCUUCCCCCCUUCUUCCGCCCGACCCGCAAUCCUCUCCGUCGUCGCUGCUGAGCUUCUCCUGCCUGCUUGCAUCCUCCAUUAAUGACCUCAUAAACCUCGCUUUCUCCGAUGGCCUCCCUCACUCCCGGCGUCUUGCUCAAGCUUCUGCAGAAUGUGGAGAACAAGGACGCGAAGGUCGUCGGAGAACACCGCUCCGCUCUCCUUCAGGUGAUUGGCAUCGUACCUUCGCUGGAAGAUGAUCCGUGGAAGAGCAGGGGAUUUUACCUUAGGGUUUCGGAUUCUCAGCACUCGGCUUAUGUGUCUGUGGCAGACGAAGAUGCCGAGCUGAUACUGUGUGACAAGAUCCAACUCGGGCAGUUCAUUCACGUGGCUCGCCUGGAGAAGGGCUCCCCCGUGCCGGUGCUCAGGGGAGUGAAGCCGGUGCCGGCAAAGAGGCGACCGUGCAUUGGGGAGCCCAAGGAUUUGAUUUCCAGCGAUGUUUUGAAGGCGCGUGGUCGGGCUGAGCUCAAGAAGGUGAAGAAACAUGGGGAUGUGAGAAAAUUAGAGGUUAAAGCGAAAGGACCGGUCGGGAGUGGAGAUUUGAAAUCAAGAAGGCACUCCAUUGAUGCUGGUAUGGGAAUGAGGAGAAUGAGAUUGGAUUCAAUGAGAAGAGGAUGGGACCGGAGUGAUGGUGCCGGAUUUGAUUCGAAGUCCAUGUCUAAGAAGAGCCAUUCUCUCAAGGGGGCUAGCACAGAUUCUGUUCAGAAGAAAGUCCAUUUGGACAAAGAAUUGGCACCAAGGCAUUCUAGAAUGGACGCUUCACCACUUCAAAAUAAGAACACCGUUGUUCCUCCAAAACUUGUUAGCAAGCCUGGUAAGAAAGAUGAUGAGACUCUUCCAAAUCCUUUGACGAAGGUGGAUGUCACAUUUAAGAGCUCUUCAGACUCAAAGAUAUUGUGGAAUUCACUUCCAUCAACACUGAGAAAUCUAGGGAAGGAUGUUAUGACUUGUAAGAUGGCUGCAUUUGCUUCAGCAAUGCAUGCACUAGAAGAAGCUUCUGCUGCAGAUGGCGUCAUAACUUGUAUGAGCAUGUUUGCAGAGCUAUGUGAAAUGGCAGAAAAAAACUCUGCAGGACCAGUGGUAGAGAAAUUCUUGAAGCUUCAUGAAAACUUGCAGAGAGCACUUGCAGUCAUUCAUGCUUUGCUGAACCAGAAGCCCCCAGAAACAAAAAUAAAAGAAGGUUUUGGCUCAGACUCUCCAUUCCCAGGGAUGUGCAAGAACAGAAAUGCAGCAGCAUUAUGGGUCCAAGCUGCUCUAGACUCAAACCUUUGCCUGUUCUCAAAGCAGCAGAGAGGAGGAAGAAGCAGCAGCCCUGCUAGUGGUGAGAAACACUACUACUGUGCUAUAAUAGAGAAUACCAUCCCCAAGAAAUCCGAGAACCUUUUAACAACAGAUGGGAAAACCCAGUAGUAUAUCCCACUCCAGAGUAACGUCCAAUAAACCCAAACCGUCUCAAGUGAAGUCAAAAGGAGAGAGACUGAAGGAUGCUUGUAUCUUAGCUGAGAAGUUGCUUUCUUUUUCCCAGAGGUGGUUUCUGAAUUACUUGGAGAAUAGGUUAGACAUGGAGUUUGAGGUGGGGAAGGGAAGCAACGAAGGGUGCCCCAAAAUUGUUGGGCUAUUGGGGCAGCUCAGAAGGGUUAAUCAGUGGCUGGAUGGGUACUCUAAUAGUAGACAGGAAGGGGAUGAAGCUGAUGAAAACAUAGAAGGCCUGAGAAAAAAGUUGUAUAGGUUUGUGCUAGAUCAUGUGGACUCUUCUUCCAUAGUUGUAGGGUAGAGUGUAAGACUGUACCUUAGCUAACCCUCCCAAUUACAUUUAUAACCCUGACUUUGUGAUCAUAUCAUAGAGAUAUUGAGAGCAAUAGUUGAGCCUUCCUCUCAAAAAUAUGUAACUGAUCAAUCCUU